AAUGUAAUAAUUCAUUUUACAGGAAUAUUAUACCACAACUCCGGGCACCGUAUGCCGUAAGGCAUCGAUCGUUGCAGUCCUGUUUCACUCCACAACAUAACAGCGUCUGAAUGAAACAUGAAAAUGCCUUUUCCCGAAUGGAUGCAGAGGAAUCUGUUGCCUAUUACUAAAGAAAGGAUUCAUAGUAACUACUUGGAGCAGUCAGUGAUAGCAUGGAAGUCAACAACAAGUGAGGACAUAAGGACCACUAGGACAUCAAGGGACGAUUCUACCAAAAUCCAUUCCACUAAUCUCGGUCCAAUCAAGGGAAGAGGCACUAUCAACACAUCAAGGGAUAGAUCAGCAAAGUCAAUUCCAAUAAUUUCGACCCAGUCGAGGCAAGAGUUAGCAGGACCAGUGAUCGACAUUGAAGCCAGCAACAGGUGGAGUCAACUGGGAUAUCAAGAUGAACAGGAACAUCGCGACCACCAGGACAUCAAGGAUCCACACCAGCGGACCCAAGGAUCGGANCAUUCGGAGAGAAAAGGAUAA